AUGAAGCCAGCAGAGAUCAGAUUCUCUCUACAGAGACCUCUUCAGCACAGAGAUCCAGACAUGGCACCUACAACCACUGCAGCAAUGACCAGUUCUCAGGAGCAUCUCACUCUGACCCACAAGCUCAGAAAGCCUGUGGUGGAGAAGUUACGCAGAGAGAGAAUCAACAGCAGCAUUGAGCAGCUCAAGUCUCUCCUGGGUCCAGAGUUCCUCAAACAGCAGCCAGACAACAAGCUGGAGAAAGCAGACAUCCUGGAGAUGACCGUCUGUGUCCUGACACAGCUGCAACAGCAGAAUCAAAAGCAGAGAAGACUGCUGAACCACUUCAACAAGCUGCAGGCUUCCUCUGAGAAGAACCUGAGAGAGGCUGACUUCUCUCUUCUGAGCUCCACAGUCCAGACCAGCAUCACCAAAGAGAAGAGUGCAGUCAACAGCGCCCCCUGGAGGCCGUGGUAGAGACCUACACACCAGAGUUACUACCAGACAAACUGAGAUGAUCAUAUUGGUCAAAGAUUACUGGAAGUGAAUUCUUCUGAAUUUGAGGACUUGUUCUUCUGUAUGAACAGAAGCCUGUUUAAAUACUUGUAGGUGUAUUUUGAACUUUAUUUUUGAGAACAACAUUUCCUAAGGAAAAGUGAAAUAUGGAAACACUCUUUCACAUUUAGAAAGAGCAUCAUCACUAUAUGUUUCAUGACUCAAAUAAAAUGUAACUAGUGUGCACAAGUGUACAUCACUGUGUGGUGGUAUGUGUAAACUAAUUCAUUGCCAGUGAUCAUGUUGAUAUUCCAAUUGUCCACUGUGUGGAUGUUUUUGUCAAAAUGGACCUGAUAUAAUAAUUGAUCACUCAACAUUGAUCGGUUAUUGGAUCAAUGUGUAUGAUUGAUCCUUGUGUGUAAAGGUUUGCUUCUGAUUGCUGUGCUAUAUUUCUUUGUGAAAUAUAUAUUUGACUUACUUGGGUUUUAAUCUACUUGAAUCAGUUUGUGAUUCUAUUAACCUGAUCUGUUCCAAAGGUCUGUUUUUUCGCCUUCACUUUUGUUAUAAAGUGCAGAUCAUUUCCAUUUUGAAUCAUGUCUUAUUUAGGACUGAGUGAUGAUAAAUGUCAUACUGUGUGUGUCUUUUGUAAAGACGACUGAUCCAGUGUGCAUGUUACCAAGUGAUUGUUGUGAUGUGUCAUCACAUUUACCUGCCUCCAGUGGAAAAGUUUAUACUUUUUCAUUGAAUUUGUUAUAAUAAAUAAUAAAA